AAGUUCCCGCACCCGAAGGUUUAUAAUGACAACUCCACUGGCAAAAGCAGCUGAGAAAGCAGUUGAAGAGCUGGAAAAGAAUCCAUACUAUGAUAAAUAUGCAGCAAAAAUAGCCCAACUUCAAAAAACUUCACCUGAGGAGUUCCUUGCUCGUGUCGAGCAGAAGAAAAACAAAGUGCAAAGCCUGCAGAGCCUAAGGAAGGAAAGACAAUUCACUUCAUUGUUGAAACCAAAGGAGAAUAUACAAACUGGAGUUGGAGCACAGCAGGUACCUUUAGAUAAGUAUAUGAAGGUUGAAACUGUUAAGGACAUGACAGCUGAUGAGAUCAAGGAAAUUUGGUUGAAAUAUCAUAUUCAGAAAGAAGUCAUUGCUGCAACAAUUCCUGCUGCUGAAUAUGAUAAAAUGGUGGAACAAGCAAAUAAAAUUCCUUUAUUUCUACUACCUUUGCCUAGGUCGCAAGGAUAUGAGUUUAUUGUAUUGCAACACCACUUUAAUACCGUCCAUUUUACGCCGUUAAUUUGUUAUCAGGUACAUAAAGAAAACGCUCCUGAAUGUUUAACGGUAACGAAUUACACCGAAUUCAAAGACGACAAAGGAAUAGUGUUAAUGAGAGGCGAAUUUGAUAAAAAUACAAUUGAUGCCAAGGAAGCGCAAUGUUUAGCCAAUCAAUUGCAAUUGUAUUAUAAUCAAAGAGAUCCAGAAAAGUUAAAACUUAUGGAGACUUUCACAUUCACACCUGAGGCAUUCAAACAUCAAGAUUUAAUCAAACAGAUUGAAACAUUGAGUUUGUGAGUGUGAAAUGGAUAAUUGUAUAUACUAGAGAGUUUAAGGAUGUUGAACAAAAUAAAAUUGAAGUUGUCAAUGCA